AUGCACGCGUGCUUCCAUGGCGGCGGCGGCAACAGCAGGAUCACCAAGUCCGUCGGCUUCAUCGCCAAGAGCGACGAGGAGCGGGGGCAAGGAGGAGCCAAACAUGAGCACUGCGACAAGUGCUGCUCGCCGUUGGACGACGGCGACGGCGGCGGCGCUGGCGACGAGGAGGCAGCCGCGGGUACGGCGGACGCGGCAAGUGAUGGGGAGUGGGCGGCGGGCCAGGAGCCCGGUGUGCUGAUGACCCUGGUGUCGUGCGGCGACGGCAGGAACUACCUCCGCAGGAUCCGGUUCAGCGAGGAGUACUUCGGCGACGCGUGGGCGGCGCAGACCUGGUGGGCGGACAACUGCGACCGCAUCGUCGAGCUCUACAGCGUCGUCGUCGUCCAGCCCGACCACCCCUCGCAGGACGGCGAAGACGACGAUCCAGCGGCGCCCGUAACCCCAUGCCAAUCCGAGGACGACGAGCAGCAACUGCAGGAUGGGAUUGGGGACUUGGACCACUCGGCGUCGUGCUCGGCGUCCGCGUCGGGAGGUUCCACCUCCAACUUCUCCGGGCCGUCCAGCGGCAGCGGCAGCGGGUCGGCCAACAAGGUGGACUCUCCAAUUCUCGGCCUCGUCACCGAGGCCGACAGCAUCACAAGAACAGCCCGGGCGGAGCACAGCCAUAAAGCAUUGGGACAAGAACAGUGA